CCUUUCACGCACUAGACGAAUCUUUUUGUUCAGUAUCAUGAAACAGAUGCUCUUUUCUUUCCUGGUACAUGUAUGAGCUUAGUCAUCGUGGUUCAAGUGUCAUUUAUGAGUGUGUACUUGAUGGAUUGUUGGGAUAUUACAGAAUAGUAUCAUUUAUAUCGGAUGUUCUGAACAAUUAAGAGGAUCAAUAACAGACACUUACUAUAACUCACAGCAUGGGUAUCCAUUAAUACGUUCUGCAAACAUUGUUCGAUGUUCAUAAAGUAAACACAACUGGCGUAUCCGUCUUGAAGUGUACUAGCUCAUACAAAGGAAUAAAUUACAACUCGUCGCCAUUUCAUAACGGACUGUGCUGUGAUACGUUUCAAACUUUUGAUACGAAAAGAAAAGAAAAAUGUUCCUAUAGUCUAGAAUAAAUUGAAAAAUGGUCAAUUCAAGUUGGAAACGUUAAUGUGCUUCAAGCAAAUCGUGUUGAGAACGGUGAUACAUGAUUAUGAGAUUGUAUUGUAAAGGCUGAACUUUGGUGACUAUACUAUAUUGUAAGGUUUUGUGCAUUCAUUGCGAAUACCGUGUUGAACGUCAAGAAUUUAAAUUCAAAUUAGAUAUAUAUCAGCUGCUUGCACACAUAAUGGCGAGCGCACGGAGAAGUUCGGUCCUCAAAUGGUGUACCGUAGGGAUUUUCGCGCCUAUCUUAUUUGUAACUUACAAGGUUACAAUGAUCCCGAUGGUCGUUACUGAAGCGGAACCGGAAAUACAGUGCCUUCCUACGGACUUCCGGGACACGCAGUUCAUUGUCGGUGUUCAUCGGAACGCAUCGGUUCUUAUUCCGGAGGAUUUAUUAUUGAAAAACCUCAGUAGAGAAGACCUUUCAGCACUUUACCACAGAUAUUUGGAGAACGUGCAAUACAUGUGUCGCCGGAAGGUCCGCCUAGGUAACUAUGAAGAUGGAGGCUGGGACAUCUGUGACGACGAACACUUCCGGCCACCUAAGCCCUGCAUCAUCUACUCGUUCGGAAUAAACAACGACUUCAGCUUUGACGAUGAGGCAAUAAAACACUUUGGCUGCAGUGUGCAUUCAUUCGACCCGAGCAUGCACAUGGACGAUCACCAGCGGUCGGACAAGAACUACUUCCACUCCCUCGGCAUCUCGGACAAGGAUGAGGCGAUCAAGGCCAACACGGACGAGUGGCAACUCUUUACAUACAACACCAUACGGCAAAAACUCCAACAUGCCAAUAAAACAAUAUCUAUAUUGAAAAUUGACGUGGAAUUAUACGAAUGGAGAGUUCUUGCCGACAUCGUAAAGACAGCCAACAUGACGGGAACCAAUAACCUGGCAGUAGAGUUCCAUUUAGCGCUGGAUGGGACAGAAGUAGAAUGGGAGCAGUACUACCGGGCCUUGACCGUCCUGAGAAACCUCUACCAUCUAGGAUACCGGAUAUUCUGGACCCAUCAGAAUCCUAACUGUGCAUUUGUGUCGGCAUGUAAAAUGGAACAGCGGUCAAACUGCCACGAGAUCAGCUUUGUUAAAGUGACUGAUCCAUUUUGACCAUCCCUGUGUACUGCAGAUUGAAUAAGUUAUUCAUGGUAUGAUUUAUUAGGCAUAAUAGUAUAUUAGGCUUGGAACCAAGACUAUCAGUGCUCGUCUUGAAGAAGACACACACAGAGGGGACAUGUUCUGACGUUGGUGCUGUUUCGAUUCCGCUGUACUUUGAAUGUUACAAAUCAGCUUUAUAUAUUAAAUAGGAUUUUUGGACUUUAAAUUUUAUUUAUGCGUUUAUUUGUUUUGUUUUAUAGUUAAAUACACUUGAACAUUUACCAAUGGUGUGUUUAGUGUUUACUCUUCCCGUUGUCCAAGCACAUGUUACGUGUUUAUGACUGUUACGCAAGAUUAGCCGACAAUUUUCAAUAUUAACAUUGUUUACCAAGAUCGUUUGGAAUGUAAU